AUUUUUGCUAAGCAAUCAGCCAAAAGCUCAACUCUUUUCUCUCUUUUCUUUUUUCUCUUCUUUCUUUUUCUUUUUUUUUUUCAAAAAAACCCCAAAUCCGUUACUUUAUAUAAUAUGAAUUGCUGCUUUUCAGGAGACGAUGAACCUAUCAAGAGAAAGAUAGUAAUCGUAGGUGACGGUGCAUGUGGAAAGACCAGUUUAUUAAGCAGAUUCAGUCGAGGAAAAUUCCCACAAGGAGAUUACACUCCAACUAUUUUUGAUAAUACUGUCAAGGACAUAAUUGUCGAUGAUAAACCAGUAGUCGCAGAACUUUGGGAUACAGCAGGCCAAGAGGAUUAUGAUAGACUAAGAACCUUAUCUUAUCCUGAUUCAGAUGUUGUCCUCAUUGCUUUUUCAGUGGAUAUUCCUGAAUCUUUGGAGAAUAUCACAGAAAAGUGGAUGCCUGAAGUCAAAAGAUUCUGUCCUGGUUUACCGUUACUAUUAGUCGGUUGUAAAAUCGAUCUUCGAGAUCAAACUCAAGUCUUACAAGAACUUGAGAAACAAGAUCUUCAGCCCGUUACAUAUCAACAAGGUUUGGCCGUCGCUAGAGAAAUCGGCGCUUAUAAAUAUGUUGAAUGUUCUGCAUUAACAGGUCAAGGAGUACCUGAGGUAUUUAAUUCGGCUAUUAGAAGUACAAUCAAAAAAUCUUCUAGCUGUAACAUCAUGUAAACUUUGUAAUCUCUCUCCUUAUUUAAAUAUACUCUUAUACUACACUAUCUUCAGAAAUCAUUAGUUCAAAAUGUG